ACGACGAGAGUGUGUGCUGAAAAAGCAAAAACUCCCAUCAAUGUGUUUCGUGAACCCAGGGACCAUCCCUGUGGGGGCUGAAGAAGCUUCAGAGCUUCUGCUCUUCGACGUCAGAUGGCUUCAAAGGCUGGUGUUUAAGUGCAGAUCUCUGCUCACUUCCACACUCAACUGCACCAAAGUGCUGGAAUCCUGACUGAAGUGGCAAGACUUUAUCCAGGAAGCUCUUUCCACAGCAGUGCCAUGCGUGUGUGCUGCAGUCACCUGGUCUUGGCUGCCAUCUUGUGGGCGAUGCCGUGCACCAGAGCAGCUGUGGCUCUGACCAACCCCACAGAGCUCUCUCCGCUCAUUGUGGCUGAUUUUGGGAUUGAACUGAGCUGGAGGAACAGCAGCAGCAGCGGUGAUGCGUCUCAUAGCCGGAGGAAGCGCUACAUUUCCUCCAGGGAUAUGAUGGCUUUGCUGGACUACCACAACCGUGUGCGAUCUCAGGUCUUCCCACCUGCUGCGAACAUGGAGUACAUGGUGUGGGAUGAGAGGCUUGCUAAAUCAGCUGAGUUCUGGGCCGCACAGUGCAUAUGGGAUCACGGGCCACCACAUGUUAUGAGGUACACAGGCCAGAACCUGUCCUUCACCACUGGAAGAUAUAGAUCAGUCACUGAGCUGGUGAAAUCAUGGCAUGAUGAGAAGUAUUCCUUCUCCUACCCCAACAGAUGCACCGGCUCUGUCUGCACCCACUACACACAGAUGGUGUGGGCCAGCACCAAUCGGAUUGGGUGUGCCAUCAACAGGUGUUCAAAAAUGUAUGUGUUUGGUGCUAAGUGGAAACAGGCCACCUUACUGGUCUGCAACUACUCCAUCAAAGGCAACUGGGUGGGAGAAGCUCCAUACAAGACGGGAAAGCCAUGCUCAGCUUGUCCUUCUAUUUAUGGCGGAUCAUGUAACAGGAAUCAGUGCUCCACAUCAAAACCCAGAACAAAGCUCAAGAGGUUUUAGUCACACUGAUUGACGUGAAUGAAUUGUGAGUGUCACAAGAACUUGGAAGCACAUUUUUGUGUUGCACCACUAUUAACUCAGUUGAUUUCCUUUGUAAAAUAUUGCAUUUUUACACCUUUUAAAUGUCUUUUUAUUUUUUUAAAUUUUGUUUACUGUGGUCGAACUAACAAAUCGUCACACACAGACCCGCUGAUUUAAUCGCUGUAGUCGUCCCAAGAGUUAGUCCUGUGACUCUGUUGCUGUCUCUUGUCCUGUCCCUGGACUGUUUGCACUGUUUUGUAUGUUUGCAUUACUGUAAGAGUGGCAUUGCCGUUAAGGUUCAUGUUGAGAGUUAAGCACUUUUAUGGUUUGUGUACACCCAAUAAAUUUUCUAACCUUGUGAUGGCUU